AUGUCGGCGUGGCCGAAGGGGUGUGAUCGCAAAAGGGUUUAUUAUUAUAGGCGGAGGCGCGGUGGCGGCGGACCACGUUUGGCGGCAAAAACUUCGGGCGGCAGCGGAGCAACAACCCUCGUCGGUGCGCACCCGAUACACGCCGCGCCGGCCGAGACACGCGACCGUCGCAUCGUGGCGUCAGUUCUCGCCUGUUUCGCUAAGGGUGCAGACCUGCUGAAUCGCCAUGUACACAGGUCCCGGGCAUGUGCUCGUCGCGAUCGCGAUCGCACUCGUCGUCGCAUCAGCCGUGUCUCCGUCACGCGGGGAGCUUAUCGUCGGUAA